AUGUCUGCUUGUCAAUACAUUGUAUUUGCCUGCCUUCUUCUAAUAUUUUAUUUGACUCAACCAACAGUUGGCCUGACAUGUUAUGUAUGUGCUCGCUGCAAUGAUCCAUUCAACGCUAGCGCCACGAAUGUUAUAAAACAGACAGUACCUGACAAUCAAGGAUAUUUUUGCAAUAAAGUGAAUCUCUUGGGCUAUGUGGUUCGAAAUGUAACACAAAACUGUACGGAAAGAGACAUCUUAGGUAAUGGUGUAUGGUGCUGUCAGAAAGAUUUAUGCAACGAUGCCAAAAACAUUGUAACAGCAAGUGUCCUUGUCAUGGCUCUAGUUCUCGGUUUCGUGAUCAUACUCUGGUGA